AUUUUUGUUAACAUGGUCAACUCUAAGAAGGCUGCGUACAAAUCUAAGUUUGAUGAAUUACUGUCCGCACUACAGAAGAAUGACCAGCUACAUGUUGGGAAGCAGGACACUAGUAGCAAUGCUUGUUUCAUUAGCUACGCAUGGGUGAACUCCCAACAGGCUGUCGCGCUUGGCUCAAAUAAAAAGGAAGAAGCGCUGGGAUAUGGUGAUCCUCGAGAGAUCAAGGCGUUCUUGGAGAAGAAGGGUGUUCCAUGUUGGUUAGACAUUGAACAGAUGAAUGUGAAUGACCAGCUGUUCCAUAGAUUAGCCAAGGGUCUGUCAGAGUCACGCAUCAUGGUGGCCUGUGUUUCCGAUGAGUACGCCCUCUCCGAAAACUGCUGUAAAGAAAUUCGGUUUGCUGUACAACUCAAAUUGCCGAUUGUCGUUGCUGUUGUUGGGACUGGGAAUGCCUGGAAACAGUCAGAGGUUGGUUUCCAUGCCAAUUCCUUCCCUACUGUUGAUUUCCAGCAACAAACUAACGUUUCCCAUAAGCAACUGCUCACCCUGGUAAAGGAGAAUAUGCUGCCAGAACGACAGGAGGAUGCUGAUGAGAAAAAGAGGAAGAUAGAACUCGCUAAUGCAGAAAAAGCUCAGAUCUCUUUUCAGGAAAUGUUUGAGUUAGCCCAGAGGAAGUUUCUGCGACAGAUUUCGAGAUACGCCAGCGAACAAGACAUUGGAACCUAUCCCCGGUUGUUUGCAGUCGACAUCAUGGCCAAGCCGAGUCAAAACACUGAAGCAUCAAAAGAUGAUGCAGACAUACGGACAUACAGCAUUUAUACGCUAUGUGAAUGUGAACAG